UCUCUCCGUCUUUCACAACGUCGGCGAACCUCGAGACGUCGCGAUACUCCGCCGUCCGUAUCGCCCACGUAUUUUUCUAUCGCUUCGUUUCCGACGCUGCAUAUUCGACACGUAAUUUUGAUACAUUGACCGAAUGACAAUGGCUCGCACACCUCGGACUGCACCAGGAUUCCUACAGCGGUACCACCAUCAUCGUCAACACCGUGCCCCGGUCGCACUCGCGAGAGUUGUCUUAGCCCUGUGGUGUAUCCUGGGGACAGUCCUGAGCGGACCGGCGCACCAAGCAACCCAAGAACUGGACAGCUAUUUUACGACAUCCCGACCCGUUAGAAUAAUCGUUGACAUGGCUACCCAGAAGCCCAGGAUACCCUUGAUUCUCUAUUCGGAUCUCAAAACGACAACGACAACGACGACAACGACAACGAGCACGGUGUCUACUCCAUCAUCUUCCGGAGAGCAGCCUUUAUAUCGCGUCAACGGAAGUAACGGGCAGGCUUGCAUUCUCCUCCAAGUCGACGCUAUAAUCACCGUCAAAUACAAGACAAAAGUCGGCGAAGAACGGGAGGCUGAUAUUUAUGUACCGAACGAUGCGACGGUUACGGGUAACUGUGCCAACGACAACUCAGCCACGAUGUCAUUGAAGUGGAAGGUCUUCGUUCUCUUCUGGAGUUUCGCCAGGUCACCCGGGGGCGAGGGAUGGUACGUCGACAAAAUUGAACUGACAUACAAUUCGAGCGACCGCCAUUUCGAGUUGAUCGAUCAGCCAAAUAAAACUGUACGAUUAACCACCGGAAAAAAACACAGUACCAUGUUUUUUCCAACACCGGUUGGAAAAUCGUAUGCCUGCAACGAGAAGGAAAUUCCUCUGACAGAUGGUAAAACUCAUGCAACUGUGCUCCUCAGGGAAAUGAAACUUCAGCCCUUCAAGUUCAAAAGCAACACUUUCGCCACGGAAUUUUGGUGCAAACCGGAACGCGCAACACGCGACGAAACCGCACCGGUUGCUGUCGGUUCGACCCUGGCGGCUGCCGUUCUUUUGACGAUCACCGGCUACGCGGCUUAUCGUUACUUCAAGGUGAAGAAGGUCCAGUACGAUACGAUGGAGUAAAAUUGCAAAGCUCUCUGUAACUCAUACGUAACUCUAGAGGAGAAGAUUUGGUCGCCGAAACAGUCGGUUAAUUCGUUUUGAAAUGGCACGUUAUGCACGUAAAACGCACUAUAUUCACGACGGAUUGUGCCAGAGUGCCCGAGAUUAUCUUGCGUGUUUCGUUAGGAAAAAUGUUUCUUAGUAGUGUAAAUAUAAGAGUUCUAACUAAAAAAAAAUGGCGGCGUACCGGCAGAGUAUCCCGAUUCCUACCCUACCGACAGUAGAAAAAAGUUUUCAGAAAACGUAGGAAUCGGGAUACUCUGCCGGUACGACGCCAUUUUUUUUGAGUUAGAACUCAUAUAUACACUACUUUUCUAUUUUUCAAAAAUCGCUGUAGCAACACAUCAGUUGAGAAACUGUCCUGACUAUCAUUCCGGGAGUAAUGGUCAAAAGCGCGUAGAAAACAAAAAGCUGAAGGCUGCUUAGUUCGACUUUUGUGGAAAAUCCAAGUUAACUAAAGGGAUUUUUACACCUUUAUGGCAGUAUUCCCCGUUUUUUUUUGGGUUACGUCCCUUAGCCCUCGAUACAAGUGCUUUGAAAUCAAGUGUUGGAUGGAAAAUGUGGUAUUCAAAUCCAGCAGACUUGGUGCAGGAUCGAUUUAGAGAGAAGGUAGAUUCAAAGAAUUAUGCCACAUAAUCUCACAUUGAUAAUAACCUGCAGUGACAUUUGAAAGUCCAUCUGCGUUAGGAAGUAAUCUUAGAAUUACAGAAGAGUUGAUUUUAUUCUAAUUCGCAAAAUAAUUCACGUUAAAUUUGAAGAACCCUUAAAGCACAGGCUUGAUAUUAUUACUAAAAAGUUUGAUGUACUUCAGAUUUUUCUGUUAGCUGAAAAGUAGAUGUGUUGGAAUAUUUCGAAGUUUGCGAAACGGUUUUCUUCGGUACCCUGGCGAUCCGUUGUAUGAAUGUGUCGUUCAACAGAUGCAUAAUAGCGAAAGUAUGACUAAAAAAUUAGCUCAGCCGAAAUUAAAUGUGACGUAAUAACGAUUCUGGAUAAAGGCAUAUUAUUGCACAUUUGUGUAAAUAUCAUAUUUCGGUUUUACACACAAUAUGUGUUUACUCGACAUGCUUUCGCAUCUUUUAUUUACACAUUUCUAUGUAAAAUCGUAUUAAUAAUACUUAUGCGUGCAGGUUAGACGUGCGGAUAUAAUUAUCAUUUGCGGAAACAAGAUUGAUUAACAUGCCCGUUAGACUCGGCGAUUUGCCGGCUGGAAGUAAAUUGAUUAUUUAAUAAUGAUAUUCUUAUAAUAUUUUCGAGUUUCUAAAUAUCGAAACGCCCUUUUUAGGCAGCUGCAAUUAAUUAUUAGGGACAUAGAUUAGCUUAUGCAUUCAAAUACUCCUCUUGUUUCCAAACCCGGGAAACUGUUGUUAAUUUUUCUUUGUCCGUCAUGUGUAAUGAGAAUAUCACUUGUUACACUUAAAAAUACAUAUCUACCAUGUAUUUCCAAUCAUGUAUGUACAUAAGCUGUAUUCUUGCCGCUUAGUACAUGUAAAAGCUCAGAUCGUUAAUUAAAUUGGCAAGUCUUUUGUACGUUUCUUUCGCCAUCAGCUCGCGUUUUUAGAUCAAUCGUAUACCGAGUAUUUUUACGCAUAGCCGUGAGCAUGUACUAAUUCUUUUUUGAUCUACUAAAUAAGUAGGAGCUACAAAUUCUACAGUUAAGCUAAUACAAUAGAUAUAAUGCAUUAAACAUAACGUUAUACAUAUUUCGUCAUAUUGUUAUAAUCCGGUGUAUUGCUAUGUCGAUUUGUGCUCUUUUCUAGAUAUCGCAGUAUGAUUAUAUUACGUAGGAACUUAUAAAAUGUCUAAACAAGAGGGGAACGAAAAUGUACAUCUACAGGGUGGUCCAGAAUUACGCGGAGUACGAAGAGAGUAGAAUAUCGGUAAACUUGAUAUAAGAAUAUUAUUCUCGUAGAAUCGGUCUUCUAGAAUCAAGUCAUCGUUCGUUUUCCAAUCCGUAUAAUCUUACCAAAAUAUAUUACGCUAUGCAUUUCUAAUUUAUUUUUAUAUCGAAUAAACACCACAAAGUAAAACUACGCGUACAACUAGCUAAGACGAACUAACGAAAAGAUGAAAAUCGUGGACAGAAUUUUUCAACGAUAUUCCGUUGCGUGCUGAUUAAGAUCUCGCCGUACGCGUAAUUCCGCAAACCCCGGUAAUUAUGCAUAAACAUUACUAUAAAUAAUUACUAAGCAACCAAAAAAAGUAUUGGUAUAAAAUAUAUAAUAUGUAGACAAAAAUGCAUAUCUACAAAAAUCCAUACGUAUCUGUAUGUCUCGACAAGUAUCCAGAUCGUAUAAUACUUGUUGUAUUGUUUGAAGAAUAGAGGAAUGAAAAGAUAGAAAAAUAUACUAUGCGAGGGAAUAAAAUUAGAAAGAAAGUACGCGUGUAUGAAACGAAUCAAUAUUAUUGUUGUUAUUAUACGCGGUGUGUAAUUGAUUAUAUAAUAUCGAUGAAUUGCGUGUCCCGAAAAAAUAAAGGGGCAGGUAUGACGAGUGAGGAGUUGGAGAAAAUUAUCUGAAUGGGGGCAGAAAAAAGGAAAGAUAAAAUAUAUAUGAGAAUAUUAGAGAAGAGAGGCAUAUUAUUAUUGUAUAUCAAAAAUAUAUACAAUACAAUGUACACGUAUAUAUAGGGAAAGAUUAUUUAUUAAUGAUAUAUCAAACUCUGUCUUCCAAGUGCAUAUUUAAAAAUAUAUAUACAAUACAUAUAAAUAUACUACUAUCGUGUGUACAUAUACAUUAUAUGAUUUUAAUAUAUCGUAUGAAAAAUCAUGCCAUAACAUAUCGUGUAUAUUAUAUAUUCAAAAUUAUACGAUUAAUCGAUUAAUUCAUCAAUUAAAUAUUGUCAAUUUGUGAUUAUGUGGCCCUGCACAGUUGAAAAAAGAAGUGAAUACUUGGGAAGAGAAAAAGGAAUAAUAUAAUUAUUACGGAAGCACUAUAAAUUUUAAUGUCAAUAAAUUCAUAUCAAACUUCUUAGUAUAUCACAAAAACUGCGGAUAAGAAAUGAAACUAGAUAGAGAAAUAGAAUCAAAUACAUUGAUAUCUAUGUCAAACUGAGGCGUAUUAUAUGCAGUAUAUUGCCUGUAGUAAGAUUAUUAAUAAAUUUCAUUGCAUAGGCGUAUAUUAAA